AUGAGUUCACCAGAGAUAGAGACAAGUACUACUUCCGAAUCAAAAUCUGGAUCUUCCAGUCAAAAAAACCCUUCCCGUACACCAACAUCAUGGGACGCAGAAGAUGAUAUACUAUUAAUGCACUUGAAAGACAACCAAAAAUUGGGUUGGAAAGAAAUAGCUAGUAAUUUCACCAACAGAACACCAAAUGCAUGUCAAUUCAGAUGGAGAAGAUUGAAAUCGGGAAAUUUGAAGAAUCCUCCAAAAUCAGCUGCUGCUUUAGGGGCUCAGUUUAAACAGAAUCCAAACAUGAAUUCUGCACCAAAGAAGAAAAAAGCCACAACUAAAAAUUCCAACAGUACAACUGAUUCAACAAGUAAAACUACGGAGAAAGCUACCAAAUCAGGGAAUACUUCAAAGACAACAAAGAAUAAUGGUCCAGCAAAUAAUUCUGCAAAGGGGAAUACUCCUAGUAAUAGCACAAUCAACAACUUUACUUAUAAUCCUAUGACAACUGGUACUUUUCAAGGGUUUGAUAAUAAUAUUUCGACCGCGUUGGCUGGUUUGAAUGCUUUAUCCAAUUCACCAUCUUAUAUUUCCAAUUCAGGUCCUGCUACCCCUAAAGGCUUAACAUCACCAACGAUACACGGAAGUAGCACCCACCAUAAUGGUAAUCCGAAUUUAGCUCAUAAAUAUGAGGCAUCUCCUGCAUCAGAUAGAUCUCUAGAUCGACGUCGGUCAAGUGCUACUGGCUCAGUGACUGGCCAUCGUAAUAGUAAUGGAGGAUACUAUGGUGAUGUUUCAGUGGAUCCAACGAUGAAUUUACCUCAUAGCAAAUCACAUCCAACAACUCCAUCGUCACUAACUCCCAGAAAUUCAACUUCUGCUGGUGAUAAGGGGACAAACUUUACUCAUCGAGGUUCGAUCUCUGGAGUUGCCAACAUUUCUGCUCUACGCAGUAAUUCAAUAAUACAAAUCACCACCGACGAAAGAGGUUCUAUUCUGUCAAUGGGUAGGGCAUCGGUCUCUUCACUACCUUCAAAAUCAAUGAAUAUACCUCAUCAUCAACUGGGUAACAAUUCUUUAGCCCAUUUGCCUGUUCUAUUUGGUGGUACUGGAAGCAUUAGUGGGCCUUCUAGACACUCGAGUAUUAGUGGUUCUGUUGGUGGUCAACAAACUACACUUCCUAGUUUGAGAAGUGGUAGUGUAGUUGGCUCCAACAUUGGUUAUUUUUCUCGGUCUGGUUCAGUAGUGAUACCACACAAUGCAGAUAAAAAGGAAGAAGAACCAUUCAAAUUUGAUAAGGAAAGAUUAGAGGCUAGUAAUAAAAAAUUGCAAAAGAUAAGGCGAAGUAUGCCACCGUCAAGGACCAAAACUAAAAGAAAACAUGGUACCCCAAUUCCGAAAUUGGAUAUACCAUGGACCAUGGAGGAGGAUGAGUUAUUGAUUAAUAGACGUAAUCGGGAAUUGUCAUUUGCAGAAUUGUCAAUUUUGUUACCACAAAGAACGGAAGGAGAAAUAUGGGCUCGUAUAGAUUACUUGGAGAAUUUAAGAAAUGGUGGACAUAGGUCGGCAAACUCGAGAGAUCUGAGACGGGCAAGACAAGAGUCCAUAGGACUUGGUGAUGUAGAUGGAUUUUAUGAUGACGAUGACGAUGAUGAUGAUGAUGAUGUUCUUCAGGUAAGUGAUGACGACGACGACGAAGUAUUAGUUGAUGUUGAUGAUAUUCCCCAUCCGAGAAAGAAAAAAAGAAGAAUGAGUUCAGCUGUUAAUCCUUUAUCGGUUAGAGGUUCAAUUAGAAAGUAA